AUGCCACCUGAUCCAAUAGUAGACGACGAAGAGUAUGAGUCCUCGCAGGACUCCGACUUCGCGCCCGAGGACGUCGUCGCAGCAGAUGGCGCCUCCGAGGCGUCCGAUCCCGAGACCGACGGCGAAGACGCGACGGCGGCGGCGACGAAGCUCGCCAAACGUAAGCGCGACGCCGACGGCGGCGAGGCCGAAGACGCGGGCUUCGAGAACUCGGGCGACGAGGCGCUGAUCAAGAAGGCGAAGAAGAAGAAGAAGAGGCGCAGGAAGGCCAAGGAUGCGGACGCCGCCGCCGCCCCGGACGAGGAGGACGAGGGGGGCGAUGGAGGGCUUGUCAAGACGCGGAGCAUGCGCGCCGCAGAAAAGCAGGAGCGCAAGACGGCGGCAGUGUCCGGCCCGGUAACGGUCGACGUCGAAGCGAUCUGGGCACAGAUGCUCGCGGGCCAGACGGUAACACCGCCGACCACCGAAGACAAGACCACCGAGGAAGCCGACCCCGUCGGGACCAAGAAGCCCGGCGCCGAAGCCGACGCGACAAAGCCAGACGAGGCCCUCGGCGGCGGCGACCCCUCGGAUAUGAUACGUAUCAAACGGACCUACAACUUCGCCGGCAAGGUCCACACGGAAGAGAAGCUCGUGGCGCGCUCCUCGGCCGAGGCGAAGCUCUACCUCGCCUCACUCGGGAAGGACGCCGCCGCGGACGCGGGGGGCGGGGGGGAGGGGGAGGAGGAGGAGCCCAAGCGGGUGCUCAGGAAGGCGUUCCGGUCGGCCUUUGAGCCGGUCGUCGAGGUCGCGGGCCAGCGGUCCGACCUGAACCUCGGCGUGGCGGUGCGGAUCAAGGCGCGCGAGAAGGAGGCUCAGGCCAAGAAACUCAACACGGUCGAGAAGAGCAAGAUGGACUGGGCCGGCUUCGUCGACAAGGAGGGGCUCAAGGACGAGCUCGAGCUGGCGGGCCGGGCCAAGGGGUCGUACGCAGAGAGGCAGGACUUCCUGGCGCGCAGCGAGGCCAAGAGGGAGGAGGAGGCCCGCCGCGCGAGGUUGGCCGGCCGCGUGCUGUGA